GCCAUCCGGAAUGUUUUCGAACCGAAAGGAAGGAAGGCCAUCAGGAGAGUUGGGCCCUCUGGAUUUAAGAAGGCGUUUUUGGUUGAACUCUGUGUUCACAAAGGUUAUGUGGAAGCCUUUGUAGUGGAGGAGCUUGGCUACUUUGAGCAUUGGGUUUAUGUGACCUUGUGCUGGGAAUGGUAUGCAAACUGCAUGAGGCUUCUCUGUCAAACCAAUUGA